AUGCUACUUCGCGGCAACUGCGCGCACUGCGUAAUUGAUAUAGCACCGGUCUGUCUGGCUGCUGUGCUCGAUUACCUGGUUGCUGAGUUACUGGGUGUGGCGAGUGGCGUAGCU